AUGCAACCACAGGAUUCUGCUGCUGCUGCUGCUGCUCUCAUGGUUGGUUUGCUGCUGCGAUUUGUCGGGGGCAGCAACGCACAGGAAGAGGCAUUUACAGCAGGUAGCACUGCCGCUGCAGCAAAACAGCAGCAGCAGCAGCAGCAGCAGCGGCAGCAGCAGGAGCAGCAGCAAGAGCAGCAGCAGCAGCUGCGGCUGCUAUACCAUGUUCGUUUGGCAGCAAUACAUGAGGGUGCUGCUGAGUACAGCAGCAGCAGCAGCGAAGAGCCGACGGAGAGCAGCAGCAGCAGCAGCAGGGACAGCGAAUUUGGACCUCCUGGCAGCAGCAGCAGCCGCAGCAGGCGAACUCGACAGUCCCCGUUCAUCGGGCCUCAGCUGCAGCAACAGCAGCAGCAGCAGCAGCAGCAGCAGCAAAGCUUGGGAGCGAGUUUGCCGUAUCCGUGGCCGUCGAGCCCCCCGCCCGCCUUCGGCGGGGCCCCGUACUACAGCAGCAGCAGCAACAGCAGCAGCAGCAGCAGCAGCAGCAGCAGCAGCAGCAGCAGCAGCAGCAGCAGCAGCAGCAGCAGCAGCAGCAGCCCGUUUGUGUCGCGGUACUGCGAGAUGUACAGCGCGGCGGAGCUGCGCAGCUACCUGCAGCGGAAGGGGCUCUGCUGCAGCGAAGACGCGGAGAAGUUCGUUUGCACUUUUUGUCCUUUUUGUCCUCCCCACAAAAACAAAAAAGACAAUUUAAACAAAUUAAUCUUUUUCCGCAACUCCGGCAACUUCUACUGCCACCGCUGCGGCAGCAAGGGCAGUCUUUUCGACUUCAAAAUGCGCACGGGCGACCUCUGCAGCAGCAGCAGCAGCAGCAGCAGCAGCAGCAGCAGCAGCAGCGGCGGCGGCGGCGGCGGGGGGGGGGUGCAGGGCCUGCUGCCCGUGCCUUUCUAUGAACGCGGCGCCUACGGCCAUGCGCAGCAGCAGCGCCAGCUGCAGCAGCAGCUGCAGCAGCAGCAGCAGCAGCAGCAGCUGGACACCUACGCUAAGAACCUAGCAGCCGCUGCAGCAGCUGCUGCUGCUGGCAGCAGCAGCAGCGACGACUGCCACAUGCGCGUGCUGCGGUAUCUCACGGAGCGACGCGGCCUUAAAGUAGAGACUCUGCUGGAGUUCGGCGUUGGCUCUGGUGUCUUCUACUUUCCUCCCGCCAGCGGCGAGGGCCCGCGAGAGCCGCACUGCUGCGUAACCUUUCCGUGGACCGCAGUAAACCAUUUUGCAGCUGUAGCAGCAAACGACCCAGCAGCAGCACCAGCAGCAGCAGCAGCAGCAGCAAGUUCACCCCCCGUGAGAGUCAAAGUCCGAAGCAUUCAUGACAAGAGCUGCAUGCGUCUUGAGCCCUUUAGAACAGAAGCCCGUUGGGGCCUCUUUGGCGCAGACGUGGUGCUGCGGAGACUCUGGAACAGCAGCAGCAGCAGCAGCAGCAGCAGCAGCAGCAGCAGCAGAGGCAGCAGCAAGAGCAGAAGCGGCUGCGACACUGAAGCGAAGGGCAAGGGAUGCGCAGCCGAGUCAGGCGCUGCUGCUGCGCCGCAGCAAGACCCCCCAGCAGCAGCAGCCCCAGCAGCAGCAGCCCCAGCAGCAGCAGCAGCAGCAGCAGCAGCAGCAGCAGCAGCAGGUAGUGGGGGGCCGGGGGACAUAAUAUGCGUUGCUGAAGGCGAGUUUGACGCGAUGGCAAUUUGGCAAGAAACUCAAAUGCCAACAGUUUCUGUUCCUUUGGGGGCCAACAGUUUGCCGCCGCAGUUGCUGCCUUUUUUCGAGCGCUUCAAAACCAUCUACUUGUGGUUCGACGAAGACACGGCAGGCCGGGAAGGCGCAGACCUCUGGGCUUCAAAGCUGGGCAUCAGCCGCUGCCACGUCGUGCGAUGCACCGACGAGCUGCUGCAGCACAUGCAGCAGCAGCGGCAGCAGCAGCAGCAGCAGCAGCAGCAGCAGCAGCAGCAGCAGCAGGAUGAGGAGCCCAGAAUCCCCAAGGACGCCAAUGAAUGCCUCCUCGCGGGCUUUGACUUAAACACAAUGCUGCUGGCAGCACGCAGAGUUCCUCACCAGCAAAUUCUUAGCUUCCAAGACCUGCGGGCAAGACCCCAGCAGCAGCAGCAGCAGCAGCAGCAGCAGCAGCAGCAGAACUGGCUGUGCUGCUGCGCUGCUGCAGGGGGCUUUCGCCGCGGCGAACUCAGCAUUUGGACGGGGGGCACAGGGGCUGGAAAGACAACAGCACUUUCGCAGCUCUCUCUGGACUUCUGUGCCCAGGGCGUUCCCACGCUGUGGGGUUCUUUCGAAGUCAGCAACGUCAGGCUGCUGCGGAUGAUGCUGCUGCAGUUCAGCGGCGGCGCUGCAGAGGCAAGCCGCAAGGACUUUGCCCGCGUUGCUGACGCUUUCGAGCAGCUGCCUUUGUGGCUGCUGCGCUUCCACGGCUCCACAAGCGUGGAGGAGGUGCUGGACGCGAUGGACUACGCGGUGUACGCGCACGACGUGGGCCACGUGGUGAUCGACAACCUGCAGUUUAUGCUGUCUGGACAGGCGCGGCAGGCGGAAGCUUGGGAGCUGCAAAAUGCUGCUGUUGCUGCUUUCCGGCGCUUCGCCACGCAGCGCCGCGUCCACCUCUCCAUCGUGGUUCACCCCCGAAAGGAAGACGACGAUGUGCCUCUGGGCCUGUCUUCGGUUUUCGGCAGCGUCAAGUCCACACAAGAAGCUGACAAUGUUAUUAUCCUGCAGCGGCAGGCAGCAAGGGGGCCCCCCCACAGCCGCCAGGAGCAGCAGCUGCAGCAGGAGCUGCAGCAGCGGGGGCCCCACAGACACAAACAACGCCGCAUGCACUACUCCCUCGAAAUUCGAAAAAACAGGUUCUCGGGGGAGCUGGGAUCCGUUCCCUAUGUCUUCGACCCCCGUUCCCUGCUCAUGCGGGUGAGCAGCAGCAGCAGCAGCAGCAGCAGCAGCAGCAGCAGCAGCAACAGCAGCAGCGGCAGCAGCAAGACAGAACCCGCUUUGCAGCAGCAGCAACUCAUGUGUGUGUGUCUGUCUCCGCCUAUUUGCUACAUGCAGAUGCGGCAGGCCCUCUCAGACAGAGACGUCCAGGGGGACUCAGGAGCUCAAGGAGCUGCAGCAGCAGCAACAGCAGCAGCAGCAGCAGCAGCAGAUGCUGCUGCUGAAGCCCCUUGCAGCGGGCCGCGUGACUUCGGCCUCAGCAACACAGCGAAGGACGCGGCGUUCCGAAAGCCCCAAGAGCCGCAGACCCUUAUGAGCAUGUUCACCCCUAGGGGCCUCUUCGCCCCUGGGGCUGAGGGCCCCCAGAGGGCCCCUUGGCAGCCAAGAGCGAAGCAGUUUGGGGGCGCGGGGCCCUUAGCUGCUGCUGCCGUGUCUCCUCCCUCUUCAUUUCCUGCUGCUGCUGCUGCUGCUGCUGCUGCUGCUGUGCCUGAUGCUGCGUCUUCAGCAGCGGUGGCAGCGAGGCCAGCGGAAGCAGCGGGACCAGCGGCAGCAGCAACGCCAGCAGUAGCAGCAACACCAACAGCAGCAGCAACACCAGCAGCAGCAGCAACACCAGCAGCAGCAGCAACACCAGCAGCAGCAGCAACACCAGCAGCAGCAGCAACAGCAGCAGCAGCAGCAACACCAGCAGCAGCAGCAACACCAGCAGCAGCAGCGACAACAGCAGCAGCAGCGGGACCAGGUGCAGCAGCAAAUAAGUGCGUGGGGCUGACAGAGGCCCUCCCGAUAUCUCUGCUGAGGGAAAUUGCUGCUGCGCUGCCGCUGCAGCAGCCAAUCAAGACAGCAGGAGCUGGCCGCACGAAGCUGCUGCUGCUGCAGGACUUGCAGGAAGCUGCUGCCCGAAGCCCCAACGUAAAGGCAUGCAUUGACCGCAUGCUGCAGCAGCACGAGCGCAUGCAGCAGCAGCAGCAGCAGCAGCUGGCGGCAGAAAAGCAGCGAGCCCGUGAAGGCCUAACGGAUGCGCUGCAGCAGCAUGCUGACCCAUCAGCUGCAGCAGCAGCAGCUGCUGCUGCUGCUGCAGCAGGCUGCAGCCCCGAGUACGUUUCGCCGCCGCUCACUCGCCGCGUCCCGCUGCUGCAGUACCUCGAAGAGCGCGGCAGCAGCUACACAGAAGCAGCUCGGAGCUACUUCAUGGGUGCAGCGCCUCCCAGCGAAGCAGCAGCAGCAGCAGCAGCAGCAACUGCUUCGGCCCUCUCCGCCCAGAGUCUGCAGCCUGCUGCUGCUGCUGCUCCGGGUGCUGCUGCUGCUGAAGCCACUUCUGCCGCAGAAAGUUCCUCCGUCGGGCCUUCCGAUUCGGACCCGAAGACCGCCUGCAACAGCAGCAGCAGCAGCAGCAGCAGCAGCAGCAGCAGCAGCAGCAGUGCAGCAGACGUGUACGUGCAGGUGCCCAUUGCCGCACAGGACGAGCGGCUGCCUGCAGACUUUUUGCUGAUAGACACACCAGCUAAGGCGGAAGCAGUGGAGGUGCUGCUGCGGCGGCUGAUGGCCUUUCUGGAGGCAGCAGACGCGCAGCGACAGCAGCAGCAGCAGCAGCAGCAGCAGCAGCAGCAGGGGCUUAACCCUGACUGGCAGCCUGAAGCAGGGGGCUACCAGCAGCCCGAGGGCCUUAUUGCCAUGGGCCUUGACGUGGAAACGACGGGACUCGAUCCCCACACUUCGCAGCUAAGGCUGGUCCAAGUGGCGCUGCCCGAGCUGCCCUGCCUGCUGUAUGAUAUGUUCAAGCUGCCUGCUGCUGCUCUGCAAGGGCUGCUGCUGCUGCUGCAGUCUCCACUGGUGACUAAAGUGAUGCACCACGCAAAGUUCGACUUGAGCUUCCUUUCCCACUUCCUCCUCACCCUCCAGCAGCAGCAGCAGCAGCAGCAGCAGCAGCAGCAGCAGCAGCAGCAGCAGCAGGAGGCGCGCAGCUCCGGGGCCGCAGGGUCUGCCAGCAGCUGCGCGGGCCCCGGCAGCAGCACCGCCAGCGCCACGAACAGUAGCGACGAGAGCAGCAACAGCGGCAGCAGCACGGACAGCAGCAGCACGGACAGCAGCAGCACGGACAGCAGCAGCACGGACAGCAGCAGCAGCAGAAGCACUGACACGAGCAGCAGCAGCCGUGACAGCACCACGAACAGCAGCAGCAGCAGCAGCGACAACAACAACAGCAACAGCGACACCACUGCACGCAGCAGCAGCAGCAGCAGCAGCAGCGACACCACCACGAGCAGCAGCAGCAGCAGCAGCAGCAGCAGCAGCAGCAGCAGGGCGAGCGCGAAGGUGGUGGCUGGGGUUUUGGGGGGCGUGAGCCCGCCAGUGUUUGACUCGCUGCUGGCGAGUCGGCUGCUGGAAGCAGCAGAAAUUCAAAGAGGGUUUUCUUUGGCCCAAGUUGUGGAAAGGACUUUGGGGCUUUUUCUGGACAAACGCAUGCAAAGCAGCAACUGGGACUCGCAGCAGCUCCACGAGGAACAACUCCUCUACGAAACCCUAAACCCUAAACCCUAA